AUGUCGGUGACGCUCUACGUCGGCAAGCGACAGUACGAUACCGUCGCGUUUCUGGACGAAGGUUCGUCGGCGACGCUGGUGGAUGAUGCAGUGGCAAAACGGCUGAAGGCAGAAGGAACACUCGAGCCGCUGAUAGUCACGUGGACCGGCAACAUCAACCGGUUUGAGAACGAGUCUCGGACCGUAGAGAUUGCCAUGUCGGCGAAGGGCUCGAACGAGAAGUAUCCGCUGUUCAAUACGCGAACGGUAUCAGAGUUGCAGCUGCCCAAACAGAACAUCCGGUACGCAGAGGUGGCCAAGCGAUACUCACAUCUCGCGGGAGUGCCGGCAAAGGACUUUCCCUCAGGUGUGCCUACGAUCCUCAUCGGACUGGAUAAUCUGCAUCUGUUCGCGCCGCUGGAGUCACGGGUUGGAAAGCCGAAUAAGCCGAUCGCCGUUCGGUCGAAGAUGGGCUGGACGAUUUACGGUUCCGAAAAGCGGAGACCGAUGGUGCAGACGUACCUGAAUCUUCACUCCGUCGCACCAGUGAGCAAUCAGGAGCUCCAUGACAUGAUGCGGGAGCAAUACGUGUUGGAAGAAGCGCCGAAUACAUCGUUCGCCGUACCAGAGCCAUCGGAAGAGAAGCGGGCUCGACAGAUAUUCGAGUCGACGACGAAGCGAGUGGGCAAUCGUUUUGAAACGGGUCUUCUGUGGCGAAGCGACGAAAGGCGAUUUCCCGACAGUUACCCUAUAGCCGACCGAAGGAUGAAGGUACUUGAUCGGACGUUGGAGCAAAGUCCAGCGCUGAAGGAGAACGUGUGUCGGCAGAUAGAGAAAUACCAGUCGAAGGAAUACGCUCACAAAGCAACUGAUGGUGAGAUGGCGGAGACACCACAGGGAACUGCGUGGUAUCUGCCGCUGAACGUCGUGGUGAACCCAAGGAAACCGGGCAAAGUCCGCUUGGUUUGGGACACUGCUGCGUCGGUGAACGGGAUCUCCUUGAAUUCCGAGCUGCUUAAAGGUCCGGAUAUGUUGGUUCCGCUGCCACGAGUGAUCUGCCAUUUCCGAGAACGUCCGAUCGCCUUCGGUGGUGACAUCCAGGAAAUGUACCACCAAAUUCGCAUCAGAUCGGAGGACAAGCAGGCGCAGCGGUUUCUCUUCAGGGCGAACAGUGACGAAGCUCCGCAGGUAUACGUUAUGGACGUAGCGACUUUCGGCUCAACGUGUUCACCCAGUUCGGCACAGUACGUGAAGAAUCUGAACGCAGAGCAGUAUUUGGAACAGUAUCCGGAAGCGGCCGUAGCGAUAGUCAAGCGUCACUACGUCGACGACUAUUACGAUAGCGUGGACACUGUGGAGGAAGCGAUCCAGCGAGCUAGUGAGGUGAAAUACGUUCACUCCCGCGGUGGCUUUCACAUCAGGAACUGGGUUUCGAAUUCAGAUGCGGUCCUGGAGGAACUCGGUGAGCGAAGCAGGGAAACAGCAGUUCAUUUCAGCCUGGACAAGAGCACGGAGUACGAACGGGUGCUGGGAAUCGUAUGGGAUACGGUCGAAGACACUUUCUGCUACGCCACCGCGUCGAAACCAGAGUAUCCGACAGUCCUUCGAGGAGGAGUACGCCCGACCAAACAAGUCGUGCUCAGUAUCGUGAUGGCGCAAUUCGACCCUAUGGAAUUCCUGGCGCCAGUAACAAUACUAGGAAAGAUGCUGAUCCAAGAUCUUUGGCGGGCAGGCUGUCAGUGGGACGAUGUGGUCGACGAUGCGGCGUUCAACAAAUGGAAACGGUGGACGAACAUUUUGGCCGAGGUUCGAGCAUUCAAGCUUCCACGGAGCUACUUCGGCAGUGCACGGUCGGAAGAGAUCCGGGAUGUGCAGCUGCAUAUAUUUGCGGAUGCGAGCGAGACAGCGUAUGGAUGCGUGGCGUAUUUCCGAGCCAUGGUACGAGGAGAGGUGAUGUGUGCGCUAGUGACCAGUCGUGCCAAGGUGGCACCGUUGAAGCAGCUGUCGAUUCCGCGACUGGAACUUCUGGCAGCGGUGCUUGCUGCACGGAUGUCGCAGACGGUGCGUGAAAACCACAAUUUCGUCAUCACCAAGGUGGCGUUCUGUGUGGAUGCAGAGGUCGUGCUUUCCUGGAUUCGAUCUGAUCAGCGUCGGUAUAAGCAGUUCAUCGGUUUCCGCAUCGGAGAGAUCCUGAGCCUGACGAGACUGGCAGACUGGUGA